AUGAGGAACUCUCUUCUUUGCACUCUUUUCUCCCUCUUCGUAGCCGCAUGGGCUGGCGGAUAUCAAGGCUGCCUCGAACGCGUGUGGUUGUAUCAAGCCUACUUGAUCGAUAGUCUCAACGACUACGAUGAUCAAACAAUCGGUUGGCGGUGCAGAGACAAAAAUGUCAGUAAGAACACAAAGACAUGUGCCAAUUGGGUUAGGAUGGAAGGAAGCAAGAGAGGUUCGACUUUGUCCUAUGAUCAAUUCGUAUUCGCUCUAGGUAAGACGGGAUUGCGUACAGGAUGGUCCGUAAUGUCAGGAGGCGAGCUUGAUGCAGAAGCGACAGCUUUGAAGACAUACAACCAAUACCUCACGCCAGCGCCUGGUCAGGCUGCGGGUGCCGCCAAGGUCAAAAACUUUGGUGCGUGGUUAGCCGUUAAGGACACUUUCGAGUGGAAUGCGUGCAUCAUGAAAGUUGGUCAAGUUGUAGACGAUACGUACAGAGCUAGAUCAUCUGGCAUGGAUGAUGCUACGAAGAAGUUGUUCAAGAAUUUUGAUGCCACAAGAGACCUGAUCAUCAAGGCGCGUAAAGGUGACCAUGGUCGUUUCCUCAUCGAUAGAUCCCGGCAGGAUCUGCCAGGGAUGAAAAUCAUCCUCGAACCCUUGGGCGAUAAUCCGGUUGACCCUAAAAAAGAAUGGGAAACCGUUAAUUGGACGGCGACCGAAAAAAUGGCUCGCGAGGCAGGUGACAUGGAUGCAGGCAAUAAAAUCGCAACUUUCUUGUACGACUUCUAUGAGAGCAGCGCCAAUAGUAACAAAGACGCUAGAGAGCACAAGCAGGUAAUCGACUCUUUCAAGCAGAUCCAAAGUCAACAGCUUGCCUGCGGUCGAUAG